GCGGUGGUGAGACGGUAACCGCAUAGGUCGUUGUAACCUCGGGCGCGGCCGACCGUUCGCGGCCUUACGACGGACGACGAAGAAGACGUACGCGACGUUUUCACGACGCGCUGUAGCGGUGGUACCGCGCCGCGUGGCCCCAAUAUGUCCGCGGUGGAAACGGUGGCAGAAGCGGAGGCCCAAGACCCGAGAUGAUCCUCGGCGUCACUCGAAGCGGCUUCAACCGUCCAAAUGUCCGACGACCCAGAGUCCGAAACCGGCGACGGUGCGUGGACGUCGUCGGAAGAAACGACGCGCGCCGCCACGAAAAAGUACGUGACGGUCGGAUCCGUGCGCUACGGGAUCCGUCUGGGAGCCGUGUCGCCGCCUCCGCCGGGAGCGGGCCCGAGAUACCGUUCCCGAUGCUGUUGGCACACUGCCGCGGACGCCGCGCCUAUUAAUAGCAACGAUAUAUUUAGGUGCGUAAAUAGAGUGAGGAUGGCCGAGGAUGCUACGUCAGAGCUGUCCGAGCGGGCGAUAGUGUGCGACCAAGUGUUAUGCUCCACUAAGGCCCUCAUCAAGAACCAGCUGAAGAGACGCGGCUUCCGGCCUCCGGCUUAUGCCCGCGUUUGCGAGUGCGGGUACCUUCAGACUGUGGACCCUGCCAACCUGGAUCGGCUCCCGAGAUUCCGCUUCGGCGGCAACCGAGGUACCAACGCCGGCAAAGUGCGAGACAAGAAGGACAACAACAAUGAGCAACGCCUCCGCGAGCUCUCCGAUCGCCUCAAGCGAGUACCCGUCCCUCCGCCACGCACCAGACACCACCCCCAACCGAACAAAUCCCCCCCGGAGCCCCAAAUCCCAUCAGACACACCAAAUACCUCCGACACCCCUAAUUCCCCUACACAAUCUUCACCCUCCUCCACAUCCUCAACCUUCAUCCCAACCUGCACCCUCCCCAUCCGAAGCGCUUCUUUCUCCCAAGUCGACUACUCAGCCGACGACAAAAAAUACGUAAGAAGACGCACCCAAAACAAUCCCGAUUGCGUAACUCACGCAGAAUACACCCUCCCAAGACCAAAACAUCGCCAAACCACCCUCGACGUCCAACCCAACCCAACCCAACCGCUCUCCAUCCCACCCGAAAACGAAUUCGAGAAGAAGAAAAAACGAGACAAAUCCAAACGCCGCAAAGGGAUGUACAUUUCCCAAUGGCCCAACGAAGAAGAAUCCGCCAUCCCCCAAGCGGUUUUCCAAGAAGAAUCCGACAUACCCAAACUGCAAAUUAACAACGACUCCAUACCCGACGAUACAUCCAUCGAACCCAUCAGCCCAGAUGAUGGCCAAACCCUCGAUUGGCCCGACCCUCACCGACUCAAAAUCACCAAAAAAACCCUACUUCGAGUUGAUUCUUUUUCGGAAUCGGAACCGGAUCAAACCAGCGAUCGAAAAUCGGAUAAAUUCAACGUUUCCGAUGUAUCGGAUUCGGAAAGCAGGUUAGAUCCGCACGUUCCUAGGCGAUAUUACAAGCGACCUUUAAGGGGUCCUUAUGGGCAGAUGCUCGAAGCUGAGAUGAAAAAGCCGGAAGUGAGGAAAAAUCAAUACAGCGAUCUUAAAUUUUUGGAGGAGCUUUCUCCGGGUGCGACACGUGCCAGGUCUGCUCAACCUCAUCCUGGAAAACCCGUCGUUUCAAAAAGAAAAGUUAGUGCAGAUUCCGGAACUACCCAUGCCAGUUUACUUAGUGAAUUAGACCAAAAGUUAGUGAUUAGUCACCAGAGGACUACAUCAAGUCCUUCCAAAUUGGAAGGACUUGUAUCCGCGGACCAGAAUACCAACGAAAUUGAUCGCCUUCUUAGAGGAAGUUCUGAACAAUUAAUAUCGGAAAGUGGAUUACAAAAGCAUAAUGAUACGAGGACACACGUGGUUGUCGAGCUUUAUGACAACGAAAGGACGUACGUCGAGUCGCUGCAGAUUCUCGUAACGAAAUACUUGGAACCGCUCAAAAAUCCAGAGAACUCCGGCCUUCUCGAUGCCUCUCUCGUCGACGAAAUUUUCUUCCAGGUACCUGCCAUUUUGGCCCAUCAUCAACUCUUUUUGGACGAACUUAAGAAACGACAUGACCAUUGGGAUAAAAAGCAAAAACUCGGAGAUGUCUUUCUUGACAUGUUUUCUAAACCUGAAGUAGUUGAUGCCUACGCCAAUUACAUAAACAAUUCAAAGAGGGCAAGAGAAAUUAUUAAAAAUGCUCAACAAUCGAAACCAGCCUUUGCAAGAUUUUUAGAGGCAAUGACCAGAGAACACAAAGGAAAAUUGGCCUUAGAUUCAUUAUUAAUAAAACCAGUUCAAAAGUUUCCAAAAUACGAAUUGUUGUUGCAACGACUGCUAAAACAUACUGAUCCAUCACAUCCGGAUCAUGCCCUCCUCUUAAGCGCGGAAAGAGUAAUUCAUGAACAACUUUUAAAAAUAAAUUGUACGGAACGUGAAACGCUUGAAUUAGAACAGCUCAGGGAAAUCGAAGGAUUAAUUGAAGGGUUAAUAGAAUUAGUAUCAAACGACAGGCAGUAUUUGAGACAUGAUUUGGUUAAUAUGACGGCUGGGGGAGGUGCGAGAAAAGAAAGAGCGUUGUUUUUGUUUUCUGAUCUACUUCUAGUGACUAGCAUUAAACGAAGAAGUGGUACGAUAAAACGACCGAUUCCGGUGGGGCAAGGAACAGUUGCAAGUAGCCUUGAAGCCAAUAAGUACAAACUACUCAUGAAGAUUCCUUUGCAAGAACUUGAAAUACUGAGAGCUAAAGAUGAGAAUUUGCGACAGAUGAUGGUAGAAAUCGAAAAUUUAACGGAAGAUAUAGCGUUACUAAACCAAAUGAAUGAUCUUUCAUGGUCUUUGCACUGUUCUCAUAAACAACUCGAUGAUGUUAUCAAGGAAAUGUUGGGAAACCUUAAUAAGCAAUUAACGGAACAGCAAAAUAGCGAUUCACAACUUUCUUGUUUAGAUUUAGCUUUAAAUACAAGCAAUGGUCUUCAGAACAUUUCUAUAAUGUUUUUGAAGCCGGAAAAGAGGGCAUCAUGGGAGGAAUCAUUCAACGAAGCUAAACAUAAAUUAGCUAUCUCAGGAGAUAAACGAGCGUGUCCCGAAUUAGUCACUGCCGUUCCCAUUAGAAAAACCAGAGCUGGCCUUCAAUUUACCUGCGCUGCUCCAACAAUUGGGGACAAAGGCAAAGAUGUGUGGGUGUGUAACAGUGACGGUUAUGUGGGCCAAGUUUGUAUUCUUAGUUUAGAACCAGAACCCACGGUUACUUCUUGCAACGGCGUGUGUAACGCCAAAAUACUUUGCAUUACCUCAGUACCUGGAGUCAGCAAUAGUACUGUUAAUAACAAAGGCCUAAACAUCAACGUAACUAAAGAAGACCAAAAUACAAUACAAUUCGAUAGUAGUUCUUCUAGCGAAGAAGACAGAAGCGAUUGCGAUGAACAAGAUGAAAGCAGAGUUCCCACUGGAACAAAUACUGAUACUAUAAAUCUAGAAAACGAUGAUGCAGAUACCCAACAAUCAACAAUGUGGUUAGGAACUGAAGAUGGUUGCAUACAUAUUUAUAACUCCAGCGAUAAUAUCAGAAUUAAAAAGAAUAAGUUUAAAUUACAACACGGGUCAGCUAUUUUAAGUAUAAUAUAUUUGGACAAUAGGGUGUUUGUAGCUUUAUCAAAUGGUGAUAUAGUUAUUUACGACAGAGAUAAUCAGGGAGGAUGGAAUACAAAUUCACCAAUUAAUGUAGCGGUUGGUUCGAUAGGGAUGCCAAUAUCAAAAAUGAUCCCAAACGCCGGAAAAUUAUGGUGCGGUUGUGGUAAUACAAUGAAAGUGGUUAACAUACGAACGUUAACUGUAGAAAACACGUUUACUAUCAACAACGAUUCCAACAAAUCGGUCACUUGCAUAGUAAUAUGCGGAAACGGGGUUUGGUUGUCUUUACAAAAUUCUUCAGUUGUUAAAUGUUAUCAUGCCAUAUCGUUUGAGUUCCUUUGCGAAAUCAAUCUUGCUCCAGCAGUCACCAAAAUGUUAACAAGUUGUGAUGAUAUUAUUCGACAGCACAAAGCAGCUUGUCUUCGAGUGACAUCGUUGUUGGCUUGUAAAGAUUUAUUAUGGGCGGGAACAUCCGCUGGAGUAAUCUUAACGGUGCCUCUUCCCCAUAUAGGACCAUCCAUGACAAAACUAUCAUGCGUCCCGACCAUUGUAGGAGUUCCUCAUGGUCAUACAGGCCAUGUGAGAUUCUUAACGAACAUAGAAUGGCACAGUCCGAACGCGGAGUCGCAAAGGCAUCAAUACAAAGGCAAACCGGAACAAAGGAACAGUUCGAAAUUGCUCAUUAUUUCUGGUGGCGAUGGUUAUGAGGACUUCCGGAACACAAACUUAUCGGAGAUUGCCGGCCGGGAGGAUUCUACAAAUCACCUCUUACUCUGGAAUAUAUGAAUUAGGAAUACACGAACUUUGGAAUAUAUGAAAAUUGGCAUUUUUUUUCAGUUUCUUACGUUCUUAAGAAUUGUUAGAUGUGUUGCGAGAGCCGUUUAAAUUUCUCUUUGCCCGACGCGGCACUUAUUUUUUGAGUGAUCAAUGCAUUUUCUUUGUAAAACGUGUGAUAGUAGUAUUAGGUGUAUUAUUUCUAUUUAGUACGUUCCUAUGUGUAUGAUACGAAUGAUUUAUUUUUUUUUCCUUUUAUCCAUGGACACGGAUAUCGACCAGUUUUUAGACUUGCACAAAACGCGUUAGAGAAGCUCUGGGUAUAUACAUAUAUAUAUAUAAAUAUAUAUAUUUAGGUAAACGUAAGAUAAGUGGGCAAUUAAAGUGUCAACUUAUUAUUUUCAAUAUUUCAUUUUUAAUAUGUAUAAAGGCAAACCCCAAAUUUAAUAAAAAUUAUUAAACAAA